UAGCCUACACUGUAGUCAGUCGCUCGCUCGCUCGGUACGGUUCGGGUUCGGUCGUGAAGUCUGGCGAUCGCUUGCGGUCGCCGUCGGUUGUGUUGGCUUGCCAUCAAUGAGAAGCGAGACUAGCCGGCGCUGCUGCUGCCGCUGGCGACAAGCGGAUAAGCAGGCAAGGCUGCAAGUGCGAGAAAAGAUGGCCGCCCGCGAUCAGCUCGCAGCUAGUGGAACGUAAGACUCGUGCCGCGCAAGAGCGACCGAACCUAAACUCAUCUGCCCGAGAAAAACCUCAGGCGACCGAAACCUCAUCUCCGUCAUAGUAGCUGUUCAUCUACGUCGGCCUGGCCAUAUUUCGUGCACUGUAUCUGUCUUGCAGUUCAGACUUUAUAGGCAGCGCACUAGCGCCAUCUCGAUCUCGCUGCCGUUGUCUCGCUGAGAACUUCCAGGUCGAGACCAGGCCCCGACAAACGGAGCCAAAUAGCGACCGAGACCAAGAGUUGAUAGCAGCAGGCCCGAGCUGUGCCGAAGCAGCUGGCUGAGCAAGUGCCUCGUCGUCGUCGUCGUCGUCGUCGUCGUCAUUUGUGAAGUGUGAACAACGCAGCCAUGCCGAGCGCAUCGUUCACCUCAUCGCGCAGCUACGUUAGGAGGUCCAGGCGGAAAGGAGCCAACAGGAUCCCGCUACCUUCGAGGACUAGCUCCGCUGAGCCGUGUGAGCUGCCAUGUGUAGCAUCAAAUCAAAUACCGCCAGGUGGAGGACUUGGGAAUGGAGGUAGAGGGUCUUCACCUAGUGUGUCCGGAGUUGCAGCUCCAUCGCCAUCUCCAUCUCAUUCCCACUCAUCGCCCUAUGAUCUACGGCGAAAAAGUCCACCACAUCCAGAUCCAGCACCUGGAACAAGUUCUGCAUUGCCACCAUCCGGUGGAAGUAGCAUCUCUACAGCAAUAGGAUCAUCCUCUCUUCCAGCAAGAAAACGGCCAAGGAGGACAUGCUCAUUGUCAACAGACGGUACCAGUACAAAUACAGCUGCACACUACCUUCAGUAUGAACUGCCCGAUGAAGUUCUGUUGACCAUUUUCAACUAUCUGAUGGAACAAGACCUGUGCAGGGUCUCACAAGUCUGCAAACGAUUCCAAGUGAUAGCGAAUGAUACAGAACUUUGGAAGUCUUUGUAUCAGCAGGUCUACGAAUACGAUUUGCCGCUGUUUAACCCGGCGGCUUGUAAAUUCGAAUUCGUCUCGCCAGACGAAUCUGAUUAUCCAAAUCCGUGGAAGGAGAGCUUCCGGCAGCUGUAUAGAGGUGUACACGUGAGACUCGGCUAUCAGGAAACCAAACAAAAGGGCAGGAGUCUGCCGUGCUUUGGUACAGUUCAAGCUGCACUCGACUACAUCGACGAAUUUCGAAACAACAGUAGUGCUACCGGCGGUAAUAGUGGCAGCAGCUCUUCGUCCAACAGCAACUCUAGCAGUAGUGCAAGUAGUCAAGGUAGCUGUUGUCUUGCAAAUGCGAGCGGUGCUGCCGGUGCUAACGGGACGAGUAACUCUUCUGGAAGCAAUGUUAACAGCGAAGAGCCAGCUCAACAUCUGGUAUUCCUACAUGCAGGUACAUACAGAGGUGAAUUUCUCGUGGUGGAUAGUGACGUAGCGCUAAUUGGCGCAGCAGCAGGCAACGUUGCCGAGUCUGUUGUCCUCGAGCGCGAGAGUGAGUCCACUGUGACGUUCGUUGAAGGCGCAAAACGUGCCUAUGCCGGUCAUCUUACUCUCAAGUUCAGUCCCGAUGCCGCAAGCACAGUCACCCACCACAAACACUACUGCCUCGAGAUUGGUGAAAACUGCAGUCCAACCAUCGACCAUUGUAUCAUCAGAAGUUCGAGCGUGGUCGGAGCAGCGGUCUGUGUAUCCGGUCUCGGUGCCAAUCCUGUAGUGAAGAACUGCGAUAUUUCAGAUUGCGAAAACGUUGGGCUUUAUGUGACUGACUAUGCGCAGGGUACUUACGAGGACAAUGAGAUAUCGCGUAACGCUCUUGCGGGUAUCUGGGUGAAGAAUUUUGCCAAUCCGAUAAUGCGUCGAAACCACAUACACCACGGCCGGGACGUGGGUAUUUUCACCUUUGAUAACGGCCUUGGCUACUUCGAAGCUAAUGACAUUCACAACAAUCGCAUCGCCGGCUUCGAGGUAAAGGCCGGAGCGAACCCCACAGUUGUUCAUUGUGAAAUCCACCAUGGCCAGACAGGCGGCAUCUACGUACACGAGAACGGGAUGGGACAGUUUAUCGACAACAAGAUCCACAGCAAUAAUUUCGCCGGCGUGUGGAUCACCUCCAAUUCUAACCCAACAAUCAGGCGCAACGAAAUCUACAAUGGGCACCAAGGUGGCGUUUAUAUCUUUGGCGAGGGUAGAGGUCUCAUCGAACAUAACGAUAUCUAUGGUAACGCCCUGGCCGGUAUACAAAUCCGAACCAACUCCGAUCCUAUCGUUCGACACAACAAGAUUCACCAUGGUCAGCAUGGUGGUAUUUAUGUGCACGAGAAGGGCCAAGGUCUUAUCGAAGAGAACGAGGUCUUUGCUAAUACAUUGGCUGGUGUUUGGAUAACGACUGGUUCCACGCCGGUUCUCCGACGCAACAGGAUCCAUAGUGGUAAACAAGUUGGUGUUUACUUUUACGAUAAUGGCCAUGGCAAGCUCGAGGACAACGACAUUUUCAACCACUUAUACUCGGGAGUGCAGAUACGGACGGGAAGUAACCCAGUCAUUAGGGGUAACAAAAUAUGGGGAGGACAGAAUGGUGGUGUUUUAGUUUACAAUAGUGGAUUAGGUUUGCUUGAACAGAAUGAAAUUUUUGAUAACGCCAUGGCAGGAGUCUGGAUAAAAACUGAUAGCAACCCGACCCUUAAGCGAAACAAAAUAUUCGACGGUAGAGACGGAGGAAUUUGCAUAUUUAACGGAGGCAAAGGCGUUCUCGAGGAGAAUGAUAUAUUUAGGAACGCUCAAGCCGGAGUGCUCAUAUCGACGCAGUCGCAUCCGGUACUAAGGAGGAAUCGGAUUUUCGAUGGCCUAGCCGCCGGCGUUGAAAUAACGAAUAAUGCUACUGCCACUUUAGAGUUUAAUCAAAUUUUCCACAACAGGUUCGGUGGUCUGUGCUUAGCGAGUGGCGUGCAACCGACUAUUCGAGGUAACAAGAUCUUCGAUAACCAGGAUGCAGUUGAAAAAGCUGUCGGAAACGGACAGUGUUUGUACAAAAUAUCGUCUUAUACGUCAUUCCCAAUGCACGAUUUCUAUCGUUGCCAAACGUGCAACACUACUGAUAGGAAUGCUAUCUGUGUCAAUUGUAUAAAAACGUGUCACGCUGGUCAUGAUGUAGAAUUUAUUCGACACGAUAGAUUUUUCUGUGACUGCGGAGCAGGAACUCUGAGUAAUCAGUGCCAGCUGCAGGGCGAGCCAACGCAAGAUACAGACACUCUCUACGACAGUGCUGCCCCUAUGGAGUCGCAUACGCUUAUGGUUAACUAGGAUCUAACUUAAAGAAAAAAUUUGUGUAUGCCGUCUUAUGAAACACAUCGCGUCUCUGCUACGUUAUUUCUCAAGUUCAGACCUGAAAAAUCUAUCGUGUUGCAGAAUUUUACAAAAAAUCCAGCAAUCCGCACUGUGACAAGACGGUAAACUAUUUAAUACAGAAAAUAGUGAAGCCCGCAUUAAAAAAAUUUAUAGAUUAGUAGGCAAAAAGGUAUAAAUAAAAACGAGAAGACUAUAACAAUGGUUAGCGGUAACCAAUUUCUUUCCACAGAUAAGUUUAAGCAAAUCACAUUCAAAAGAAAAGAAACGAACCAAGUGAUCAAGAGCCGCACGAACAUGCGUCUGCGUCAGCAGUAGCAUGUAAAAGAAAGAGAAAGAGAGAAAAAGAGGAAUGAUUAUUAUUAUUAUUAUUAUUAUUAUUAUUAUUAUUCUUGUUUUACUCUGAUGCGUAUUCUUCAAAGGUGGCUGUUAAAAUCAAUAAUUCGAAAUCUCGAGUGUUACAAUUUUUUUCAAAUUUAAGAGGAUCAUUAAGUGCAUUACGGAAUUUGAGUAUGUAUUCGGGUAUAUCUCAAAAAGAAACAGCUCUCUUGAUACCAUGAACAGGUUUCCAUCAAAUGGCUUGAAUACUGAUGGAGAGCGUUUUCCAUUACAUACAGAAUAUUUAAUUCGCUAGCUGCCAAUCGUGUAAAUUUGUGUAUAAUCUAAAAAUAAAAAGUAGUGUUUAAAAGAAAUUAACACGCGAAUCUUAUAAAUAUAAAAAUUUCAAAAGGGGGGCUGACAACCACCGUAAAAUCAUAAUUUCUUUGGCACGAAUCAUAGUGAAUUUUAAACUUUAUAAAAUUCGUUGUAGAUUAAAAUAUUUUAAAGUGCUUCAAGUAUGGCUAUGCGAAGAAUAAUUGAUUAGCCGUCAAAAUUGAAGAAAAGUUUGAUAUGUGAUAUGAGCAUAACUUCCAAAUGGAAGUAAUAAAUACGAGAAGUAAGCAGAUCAACUAAUGCAAUAUCAGCGUUAAUAGUGAAGUACAAUGAACUCUCCUUAUUUUAUCACUAAGGAAAUACACCAUUUCCUUUUAAUACCGCGAUAUUUCAGUUUUACCUUAUGUGUAAUGGUAAAUGUGAUGGUCCUAAGCUGUUUACAAGGGCUAAGUGCAUAAUAGAAUUCAAUUGCGGAAUUAUAACAAAAAAACUAAUGAAUAUUUAAGAGUAUAUUUAAAAAUGCACCUGAAGGUGAUUACCAGUGACAAAAUAAUUAGCGAUUAAAGUCGAAAAAUGAUGUAACAAAGUUACUGUCCAUUGAUCAUGUUUCAAAGUAAUGUCAAGAAUAAAUAUAGUGAAGUGGUUUUUUAAUAACAAAAAAUCAAGUUAGUGAUAAUAUCUAACUAUAUUAGAACAAACAAAUUUAAUAGUUAUAAAAAAAUCUUGAAAUUGAAAACGAUUACUGCGUUUUUUGGAAAUAAAUAUACUUUCCCGUACUAUAAUAGUGUCUGCGAUGCAUUUACCGAUAAUAAUUGUAUUCGCACUUGAUCCCGAUGUCUUGGGCAGAAGUGAAGAAGUAACGACAGAUAAUAACACAAAAAGAUGAAAUUGUCAACGUUACAGACUUUACCAAUACAAACUCUUUGGUCUCUUCUCUCUUUCUCUUUCCUACCAACAAGCAGUUUUAACAAUUUACUUAUAAUAAAUCAUGCAUCACAAAACUGAAUGAAACUGUUUAUUCUUACGGAGAAACGCAUAAAAUAAAUUAAUGAAUGAAAAAUAAAAAGCAAAAGUUUAAUUGGAAAAGCAGCUUGUUGGUUAGGGAAGGAUAGCCUUUGAUUGUUUAAUUCAAGCUCUAUAAUUAAAUGUUCUCGUUAUGAUAAUCAAGUGCGCGACCAGUAAAAAGUGUCAUGUUAAGAAUAGUGAAACAAUUAACUUGUAGCAUGAUGACUGAAAAUAUGCUGAUGAAACAAAGAGAGAAAUCAAAGAGAAUAUUUGAUUUCGUUUUUGUUACUCCACGUACAUAAACAAUUGUAUGUAUUUCUUAGCGGAUGCCCGAGUCUCAUGAGGAUUUUGAAAAUGAAACAAUGUAAAAAAAUCGAGCGAUUAUUUUAAGUGUUGCACGCAUUGUUUUUGUUUUUGAGUGACGUAAUAAUCUGUCUAUAGGAUGGGCAGCACGCAAUAACUUAUCAUUUAUAGAAUUUCUUCCAAUUACAGCUCAUUUUUAUGUUAUUUUCAAUCAAUUAAUAUUUAAUUUGUGGAACUAUUUAGCUUAUUUACAUUAACAGUUACAUAUGAUUAAUUUGAUUAUACGAGUGCGUUCUGAAACAAGACUAAAAUUCUAUUCUUAUGAUUACUUCAAGAUGUACAAUUUUCAUAGGACAUAGAAUUCGAUUACCGAACUGAUUAACCGUCUAUUGAUUAAAAGCUAUUUAUGUUUAAGAAUGAUAAAUUCACUUUAUUUGCUCGUAGAUUUCUGAUUGAAAAUCAACUGGAUUCUAAUUAUCUUUAUAUCCUCUUCAUUUUUUAUAUGCAGUAUUAAAAUUUGGCAGCGUACGUAAAAUUUAUUUUUGAAAUAAAACUGAGAAAAACUUUGUUAUUGUAAGUGAUGCUUACAUAUUUAUAAAUAAACUUUUAACGUAUUCUUUUUUUAAUUUCCGUACUAUGGAUUGUAUAAUAAAUAUUAAUAGGCUUUUUAUUAAUAUUUUGUGCCCGCCGUUACUCAAGUUUGAUGGUGUUUGCGUGCGUUUUGCGUGGAAAACUCUACCGUUGCUAUUGUACUCUAACCAGUCAUGUAACUCAAUAUCUGCAAAAAAAUCGAUGCACAUACGUUUCUUUUAUUUUGAAGGAUACAAAGUAGCUUCCAUGCACAUUAUACAUUAAGUCUAAAACAAAUACAAUAUUGCAUAGCAUUACAGAAAUUGAGCAAAAAAUAUUAUCUUCCUGACAAAUUUGUAGAAAAGAGAGUCGAUGACUGACACUUUAAUAACGCUCGAGUUUUUCACCAUUGUUGGAUGUACAGUUAGAAAGUAAGUUGAGUUAUUUUGAAAUGAUCAAUAUGUAAAUCUGUUGUCAUUAUUAUUUUUUAGUUAAGUUUUAUAAGAUAACACCAUCACAAAACUUGUAAUAAUCGACUGAGCACAUGCCAAGUAAAUAAAAAAAAAAUGAAGAAAAUAAAAGUACGAAAACACUUUAACGAAAAUAAACGGUAAUUUAUUGCACGCGCAUCCUCAAAUCCUUCACCGGCUUGAAAUAACGCAACCAACUACGUAUACUUUUAAAUAAGCGCGCCGCCAAGAUGUUUUUGCGGAUCGAACGAAUAAGUAUAUUGCGAUAUACUCUGGCGAAGAAAUCAAAUUCGAACAAGACUGGUCUGACGCUGUAAUAUUUGUUGUCGUAUGUGUAUGACUGUGGGUAUGAGAUAACGAAGUUAGGACAAGGCUAUUUGUACAUGAUAAAAUGCACAAGAAUUGUGAAAAUAAUGUAAAGUGUGAUGAAAUUCGAAGAUGUAACUUCUUGUACCGCAACUCGUUUUUGUAAGCUUACAUCAUUUGUCGACUUUAAUUUUACUUUUCUCAUUCUUUUUUAUCAUUAUUAUUAUCAUUAUUAUUCUUGCUCCUAUGCUAAUCUAUUUUGUAGGGUUGCGUUAGAAUCUCAUUUUAGGGGUGUGAGUGUGUAUGUCUCGCGUUUGAGAGAGGAGCAUAUAAGAGUGAGCAAGCUAUAGAUAGCCAUCUUAAUUUUCCCAUAUUCUACGUUACUCUUGUUUCGCGUUUGUUCAUUUGAAAAAUUGUAUUCGAGUGAAAGAGCCACACUUUCGCUGCUAUUAUUUGUGAUUAAGUUUACCUGUAUCUCGCGUCAUCCAAGUUUUUUUCUAGCCAACACCGUUCGAUAUCUUCUUGUGUGUUAUAUUUUUUAUCGAUUGUUUGUUCACUAUGAUUUAUCCUAACCUUAGCAUUAUUAUCAACAAUGUUUGUCAUCGUCAUUGUAAAUGUUGCUUCGAUGAAUCGAAUGAUAUUGCGAUGGUUUCAUAUUUAUUCGGUACAGCUCAGUCUUAUUUUCAUGAAUUGUUCGAACACAGCUCCAUUCCAAUAAUCGUUUCUCGAAUCACAAUUCAUGGCCCGUUUUCACACGGUUUUUACUUUCACUUAGCCAGCGCAAGUGCUUGCCAUUAUUAUGUUAGUUGCCAUAGAUGACAAUGUUUUUUUCCUCGACUCUUCGCCUUUACAGCGUAUAAAUUUAUUAUGUAUGUAUAUUAACUUACGUAUUUCAACGUACAUAGGAAAUACGCGACAAUGAAUACUACAUCAAACACCACCCACACAAGUCACACAAACACACCAUACACAAUGGAAGUAUCUGGAUGAAAGCAUACCUCUACGUAUGUACUUUGUAAAUAAUUUGCUCAUUAUAUAUACAUAUGAUUAUAUAAAAGUAUACAUAAACGCAUUCAUUAUAUACAGCUAUGAUAGGAAAUACAUUAUUAUAAAUUAUACUAAU